AGAAUGUUUAAAUAAAUUACUUUAUUUAAGUAAUAAGACCAUGCUUGGCGCACAUGGUUGUUAUAACCUUCCCAUCCUAGCUGUCAAGUUAGUUGAAAUUGUGGGUAUAGACUUCAUAGACACACGUGCAUAUUAGUCUUAAUACGUAUAUAUAUUUGACCUUUGACCAUGUUUGAAAUUGUGGAAGGGCAGUUUAGUGAUGCUGAAUCAGAAAAUGAUGUUGUCAAUGAGGAUAGAAAGUCUAGUCCUAAAGAAAUUAAGAAACAUGUGACGUUCAGUCUAGAAGAUGAGGUGAAGGAACUGAUUAUUUACUCAAGCAGUGAAGAAAUUGAAGAAGAUUGUUAUUCUGAUGAAGAUAUGUACAUUGGAGAGAGUAAGGGCUAUGGAAAGUAUAAUGGAAUGGUUAGGACAAUUAGCAAUAACAUGAAUGCUCAGCAGUCAAGUAAAAAGGUGUCUAGUUUUCAACCAUCAGAUAAACUCUUAAAGAAGUAUUCGGAUAAAAUCAAUCUUGAGAUGUAUGAGGGACCUUCUUUACCAAAUCAUGCAACAAAUUAUUUAAUGGAGACCAACCGAAAAUUUGAAGCCGGCAGGUGCAAAGAAAAAGAUAAAAAAGACAGAGCUACAGUGGAACAGGUUAUGGAUCCUCGUACACGAAUGAUAUUGUUUAAAUUAUUAGACAGAGGAACUUUUUCUGAGGUCAAUGGAUGCAUUUCAACUGGAAAAGAAGCAAAUGUUUACCAUGCCACUACUAAUCAGAUAGAUAAGGACUAUGCAAUAAAGGUGUAUAAAACUAUUGUUCGUGUUUUCAAAGACAGACAGAAAUAUGUGAAUGGCGAGUUCAGAUUUCGCCAUCGUCAUUCUUGCCACAAUUCUCGAAAGAUGGUGUUGCUUUGGGCAGAGAAAGAAAUGAGAAAUUUGAUCAGACUCAAAUCAGCAGGGCUUCGAGUACCGGAUCCUAUUCUGUUGAAAUCUAAUGUUCUCGUAAUGAGUUUUCUAGGGACUAAUGGUUGGCCAUCACCUAAACUCAAAGAUGCUGUUUUGAACUCUUCAAAAGCUUGUCGACUUUAUAGAGAUUGUAUCAGAAUGAUGUGGGUGAUGUAUAAUAAAUGUAAACUUGUUCAUGCUGAUCUUUCUGAGUACAAUUUAUUGUACCAUGAAGGAGAAGCAUAUAUUAUUGACGUAUCUCAAUCUGUUGAACAUGAUCACCCUCAUUCAUUAGAUUUUUUGCGAAAGGAUUGUAAUAAUAUCACAGAAUUCUUUAAACGUAAAGGAGUUGCAAUACUAACAGUAAAAGAGCUUUUUGAUUUUAUUACUGAUGCAAAUCUGAAUGAGGACAAAGUGGAAAGUUUCUUAGAUGAAGCAAGCACCAGAUUGGCUGGCAAGGAACCAACACAUGCGGACGGGGAAGCUGCUGUUGAAGAAGAAGUUUUCAAAGGACAAUACAUUCCUCAGCGACUUACGGAGGUGGUUGAUUUUGAACGGGAUAUUAGCCUCGUGAAAACAGGACUAUUAGAUGUGAAAGAGCUACCUUACACAAAAAUUGUUGGUCUCCCUGACGUCAUUGGUAAUACGAAACAAGAAGAUAAAAAUUACGAAAGCAGCGAUGAUGGAAGUGUUAGUGGAAGUGAAGAUGAAAAAAAUAAUGAUAGUGGUGAAGAAUCUGAGGAUGGAGAAUCUAAAUCUAAAUUCAUCAACUCAGCAAGACCUAGGGAUGAAUCGCCUGAAUCAAAGAAGGCGAGGAAAAAAGAAAUGAAGGAUCAAAAAGCUGAAAAAAGGAAAACUAAAGUUAAAAAACAUGUGAAGAAAAGAAAGGAAAAGCUAAUGAAAGCUAAUUCUAAAAAAUUGAAAUAAAUGACAAAGUGUAAUUAAAUAUAUUUUUUUCUAUUUAUAAGUUUGUAAAUAAAGUGAUUUUUAAUAUGUUUUAAUGCUUACAA